AUGAGUCCCCGGGUCUGCAUGCAGAUGACUUUAACAUGCUUGUUCACUGGCCUUUUAUAUGCAGGUUUCCAUACUGGUUACACCUUUCGAUUGUCUUUCUGCCAAUCCAAUGUGAUCCACCAGUUCUUUUGUGAUUUCCCCUCUCUACUCAAGAUCUCUUGCUCAGAGACAUUCAGCAAUACAUUAUCCUUACUUGGCUCUGCUGUGGUGGUUGGGCUUGGCUGCUUUGCCUUCAUCAUUGCAUCCUACAUUAGCAUAUUUUCCACUGUGCUCAGAUUUCCAGUGAAAGAAGACCAAAGAAAAGCCUUCUCUACUUGUGUCCCUUGCAUCGUUGUGGUUUCUUUGUUCCUUAUUUCAGGUUAUUGUGUCUAUCUGCUACCACCUGCAGAAUCUGAGUCCCUUAAAGAUAUAAUCCUUUCAACAUUUUAUUCCAUAAUACCUCCCUUUCUGAACCCCAUUAUAUACAGUCUAUGGAAUAAGCGGAUAAAAGAGGCUGCAAGAGUAGUAAUGAAGAGAAUGCUUUUGUUAAGGAAUAAAGCAUAA